AUGCCCUACCCCGAUGAGGCUGAGGGUUUCCAGGUUGAUGGACCCUCCAUCACCGAAUUCCACAAGCGCUUCUUCAAGCUGAAGCCUUUCGGUGACUACGACGUCGACGUCAAGAUCGAGGCUUGCGGUAUCUGCGGCAGUGACGUGCACACCAUCAGCGGCGGAUGGGGCGAGCAGAAGUUCCCUCUGUGCGUCGGACACGAAAUCGUCGGACGUGCCAUCCGUGUUGGUCCCAAGGUCACUCUCAUUAAGGAAGGCCAGCGCGUCGGCGUCGGCGCACAGUCCUACUCCUGCGGCGAGUGCAAGCAGUGCAAGAACGAUAACGAGACUUACUGCCCCGUGCAGAUCAUGGACACGUACGGCGCCGAAUGGCCCGAGACCGGGAUCGUGAGCCAGGGCGGCUACUCAUCGCACGUCCGUACACACGAGCACUGGGUCUUUCCGAUUCCCGAGGCACUGCCAACGGCACAAGUGGCGCCCAUGCUCUGCGCAGGCCUAACGGUGUACUCGCCACUGGUGCGCAACGGCGCCGGACCUGGCAAGAAGGUCGGGAUCGUGGGACUGGGCGGGAUUGGACAUUUCGGAGUGAUGUUCGCGAAGGCGCUGGGCGCAGAGACGUGGGCGAUUUCGCGCUCGCGCGCGAAGGAGGCUGAUGCGCGCAAGCUCGGCGCGGACGGAUACAUCGCUACCGCUGAGGAAGGGUGGGAUGCGCCGCACCGCUUCUCGUUCGAUCUCAUCAUCAACUGCGCCAACUCGUCCGAGGGCUUUGAUCUGGCGCGGUACUUGUCCAUGAUGGAUGUGCAUGGCCGCUGGAUUAGCGUUGGUCUGCCCGAGGAGGAGGGACAGGUCAUCAAGGCGCAGAACUUGAUUUCGAAUGGUGUUCUGAUUGGCGCGAGCCACCUUGGCAGUCGGAAGGAGAUGCUGCAGAUGUUGCAGCUGGCGGCUGAUAAGGGCCUGAAGAGCUGGGUGGAGGAGAUUCAGCUUGGUGAGGAGGGUCUUGCGCAGGCUAUGCAGCGGAUGAAGAAGGGUGAUGUUCACUAUCGGUUUACGCUGACGGGAUACGAGAAGGUUUUUGGUUGA